CAGACGGUAGGUGUGAAGGGGAGGGGUGUGUAGAUCAGCAAUAAAUUGCUCAUAAAAAGAGUUUUUAACUAUUAUUAAGCCGUAAUUCAAAUCGAGGUUAUUAACUGCUACACACGUUCGUAUUCUUUCGUCGCUUAAUGGUUUCUUUGUGAAUGCGAGGACAUAAACAUCAGACUCUACAUCGAACUAAACAAUGGGCAAGAUGGUAGCAGCAGAAGUCAUUUGUUUGCUGUUACAACUUUUGGUGAUUGGAUUUCUCAGUGCAGACGAGGAAUGCAACUUCGCCCGAGCCAGCCAACUCGAAGGCAAUGACAAGAAGAUAUUCUAUAACAUACCCAUGUAUUGUAGUGCUGGGAAAAUUAGCUGGCACUAUCCUCAGGGCUUCUUGUACAUCAAGUUGUUCAUUCCUAACGACCACUUCACUAUUUGCCUCUUCAAACGUAAUGGACUCAUCGAUUUCCCAGUGUAUGACUACUCCAGUGGCACAAGGAGAAAACUAAACACAUCAGUACAGCAUGUGUGUACUAGAUCAGUGGAUGGAUUGAUAGAGGUCCAUGUUGAAGCCCAUGCACACAUCGUGUACAUGACAACAUUUAACUAUACAGUCAACGCAGCGUAGAAUGAAGUACAACAGUCAGCUGAUAACUCAAACAUGUUGGGCUAAUUGUAUUUGAUUUUUCUUGAAUUAAAAGCUGUUUUUUUUUAA